AUGCUUACUUAUGGGAGAGCACGACUAUCAAAGUGUCUAACUCGUUUAGCUCGACAGGCGCAUUCUGUGAGGACCCUAAAGGAAGACUUGCGAUGGCCCGGGUGGGAGCUUGUUAUAGGCAUCGAAGUCCACGCGCAGAUCAAGUCCCGUCGGAAGCUCUUCUCUGGUGGCGUAGAGUCAAAUUCCUCUGACUUGACCACGCCACCCAACACACAUGUGGUGCCUUUUGACGCUGCCUUCCCUGGAACUUUGCCUCGGCUAAAUCCCAGAUGUGUGGAGCUUGGGGUUCGCACUGCCAUAGCGUUGAACGCUGAGGUGCAAAACAGGUCCGCUUUCGACCGGAAGCAUUACUUCUAUGCGGACCUUCCGUCGGGCUACCAAAUCACCCAGCAAUACGCACCAAUAGCUCGUAAUGGGCGUUUACAACUUGACAAAGACGACAUCGUUGUCCGAGUCAAACAACUACAACUUGAACAGGAUACAGGGAAAUCGACUUCGUACCCUCGGACUCGCACCACUGCGAUCGACCUCAACCGGGCAGGAAUGGGCCUGAUGGAGAUAGUCUCGGAGCCGGACAUGCGAUCACCUGAAGAAGCGGGCGACUACGUUCGGACGCUCCAGGCACUGUUACGCUCCGUAGGCUCUAGCGACGGUAAUAUGGAACAAGGUUCAUUCCGGUGCGACGUCAACGUAUCCGUGAACCGCGUGGGGGACCCCCCAGGAACGCGUUGUGAGAUCAAGAACUUGAAUUCAGUCAAGUUCAUGAUGGUCGCUAUCACAUGUGAAGCAUUCAGACAGAUAGCACUGCUUGAGCGUGGUGUUCCUGUCGCGCAGGAAACACGAGGUUUCAACGAAGAGAAGGCGGAGACGUACUCCCUACGCAGCAAGGAAGACGCCCCCGACUACCGCUACAUGCCCGAUCCGAAUAUUCCACCCCUGUUGAUAGGCUCGGCCUACGUCAAUGCGAUUCGGGAACGAAUGCCCGAGCUGCCGGAUGCCACCAGGGAGCGGUUGCUUGCCCAGGGCCUGUCGCAGCGAGACGUGGAGGUCCUCAUGGACGUGGAUUCUGGCCGGGAAGUCGGGUUUGAUGGAGAAUUGGGGCGCGGAGCUGUCGCGUACUUCGACAAAGUUUCGCGCGGCAGGGACCCCAAAGCCGUCGUGAACUGGAUCACGCACGAACUGCUGGGUCAAUUGGCCUUCCGGAAUGAAACGUUCAGGGAGAACCCGAUAUCCGUUGAACAAAUGGGAGAGCUCGUAGAUCUAGUACAGGGCGGGAAGGUCACUGGGACGUCCGGGAAGACCAUUCUCCGUCACAUCCUCAGCACCCGCUCUUCCGACCUCCCCUCCAAGAUUGCGGAGGAUCUCAAGCUUAUCGCGAGUGACGAUGAUAGUGCAUCGCUCGAGAAAUGGUGCAGGGAGGCGAUUGCCGCGCUCCCCCAACAGGCGGAAGCAGUUCGACAGGGGAACCCCAACGUCGUCAACAAGAUCAUGGGCCACGUCAUGAAGGCAAGUCGUGGCACGGCAAAGGCCCAGGAUGUUCGUGCAAUGCUCUUGAAGUUGUUGCAGCGAUAA